GUCUGGGCCAGGAUGCCAAUGGCAGGUCAUGCAAGCGUGCCAGGCGUCAGGUUGUAGACCAUGUGAUGUUUCUUCCACUUCAGUCGGGGCCUCACACAGUUCAAGAUGUUUACAAGCGGUUGGUUCAGACCAAUGUGGUUUCUUUGAUUGAAGCACAUACAAAGAAGCGACAGAAGAUUCACAGGCUAGAAGCUGAAUCUAAAGCGAAACGUGCAGACGUUGAACGGAAGAAGUACACAUCACUUCUUGCUCAAGUGAUUGUUGAUGCUGAUUUGCCAGUGGUGGCAUUGAUCAGAACCUUGGAUGAUCCUCAGCAGGGAUGGGUCCAUCUGUUCGGAACUCGGAGGUGCAAUACACUGAAGAAUCGAUACAAGUCAUGGAGACCAUUUGCAGUCUGGUUGGAACUUCACUUUGGUCGCAAGUUUCCUGUCCAGUUGAAAGACAUCAUAGAUUACAUUCAACAUCGUGUAGAUGAAGGUUGUGGUAAGACGAUUCCUGAAAGUUUCCAUACAUCACUGACACUGAUUGAGCAACUUGGUAGAGUUCCUGAAGGGGAGCGAUUGUCGGAUGAGCAGUUGUGGCUGGCCCACAUCAAGGCGUGGACAGCAGAGCUGGCGGCUGACUCCCCGCCGGUCAAACCUGCAGAGAUGUUUAGAAUUGCAAUGUUGCUCUCUUUGGAAUUGGUUGUUGCAGAUGUUUCCCAACGCCUGUUCUCAAGAGCAUUGGCAUGGGUGGUGCUUGUGAUGAUUUGGGGGUCCAUGAGGUGCGAUGACGUGCAGUCAACAUUGCCUCACAGGACAACAUUGUCCAAUUACGGGCUACGCAUGGUGCUGGGCAAAUCAAAGACGUCGGGCCCUGACAAGAUACAGAAGGAGGUUUCGGUUCAUGUUUACAGAACUGUUUCACUGACUGGAGAGGAUUGGCUUGGGAUUGGUUACAGACUUUGGGAUGAUGAGCCAUUUAAUUACAGGAGGGAUUUUCUGGUGAUGGAGCCCACAGCAGACUGGACUUCAGCGAAGCGGAAGUUUGUGACACCAUCAGGAUUGAGUUCUUUGAUCAGCAAGCUGCUCAGCGAUUUACCUGUGCCCAGGAAGCAGGGUGACAUGUGGGUGGCAAACACCGGAGGGCUGCUGCUACCGGAUGGCUUGGAUCAGGAAUAUUUUGAAGAUGAGGCGGUUGACAGACUUUGCAAGGCCGCAGAAGAUUCUGGGGCCAACCGCAACAGGAUUCGGAAGAAGCACAUGGUGUGCUCCAGCCUCUCUGGGAAAUUUUGUCUUGGGGGAACAUUCCCCACUUUGGAGGUCUUGCCAGAUGAUUGGUUCGAAAUUGGUGAGAACGAAGAGGAUGAGCUUACGUUGGCUGCGAACAUCCUGGAUCAGAAAACCAGAGAUGAGGCUACGUCAAAAGAGCAGUCAAAGUUCUUUGUCACCACCUCGAGGCCUCAGAUUCGUACAGCUUGUUUGCAGGACUUUGCAAUUCCCCAAGAUACCCCUGAGAACAGGGCUGAGGUAGCUUCAAUUGUGGCGGCAUGGGAAACAGCAAAAGAAUUUGUUGCGAAAGAGAUUGAAUUACGAGCCGAGGCAAAGGUUUUAGGCCAGCCAAAGAUUCUUCAGUCUCAUGAGAGGCAAUCAAUGAUUCGUGCUGUUGAAAGGAUCCAUGGUUGUCUUGGUGAGUCUGAGACGCCCAGCUCAGACUACUUGGCACUCAAAGCGGAGGAGACGGAGCUCAACGAGCCAGUGGCCUCACCCUUAGACGAAAUAAUCAGUAAACGAGACAAUGCAAGCUCACAUAUUCAGUCAACAGUGGAUUCUUCAGGGCAUUUGAGGGUCACUCGGACCAAAAACAAAGCCAGGAUGCCCAGCAACACUGAGGAAUAUCGAAAGAUCAUGAGGGUUGAAAUGUUUGCUUGGUUGUGCAUGUCAGCACGGUACAGGGCGAAGAAUUGGCUUCAUGGUCUGGAGGCAUCGGAUUUCAACAAAUUUGUCGAUUUCAUUUUGGGAGAGAGAGUGUUGGGAAUACAGAUUCCAGCUGCAGAUGGAACACAACAGAAGGUCAAACCUGAUUGGGGGAUCAUUUUAGCAUUUGAACACAAGCUGAGAAAAGAAGCCAUGCGCCUGGUGAUCAAUGAGGGCUACACCUUAGCCAAUGCAUUGCGUGCAGGUACAAAGGAUGCUGACCUGAAAGAAGCAUUUUUCACGACGCCUGUUGCAUUGCGUGCUGCAACAGCUGAUGUUCCACAGAACAAAUGGCCUCGUUUCAAUAGCAAAGGUUCCUUUUCUGGAGGGAAGUCAGGUGCGUUCAAUCCUGUAUCAUCUGUCAUGCUGCGGGUGGCAAAUUUAUCAUCGAGCAUCCGGAAGACUUGGGACUUGUCAAAGAUGAGCGGCCUGGAUCCAUCUGGCAAUGGUCAGAAGUUCUUGACCUCAUUCCUUCAUGUGGCGCUUGCACUUUUGCAAUACAACAAUGACGCGGCCACCCCCCUUGAUUUGCCAAUCGAUGCCGAAGAGUUUGAUGUAGCAAGGGGGCAUAACCGCACUGUUGAAAUGAAGAAGUUGGCGGCCGAGACCUUUAAGCGUUUACAGUCAGCAGUUACGGAGUCGAUGCAAGAUGUGAGGAAGGAUGCGUUUCGUCUGGUUACUGGCAAAAUUCAAUCUUCUCCUUUUACUGAAGAGGUGCUGAACAAAGUGCGGGGGGAAGUGGCCAUGUUGCUGAGGGAUCCAGAAGAUGCGUUGGUUAGAGAUGAGGGCCAGCCUUUCUUUCUACGGAUGUUGGCACAGUCACCGCAAAUUUUUCCACCGAAGUUGAAGCAUAGGAAGUUGGAUGGAACUGAGUUCAAUCCAAUUGCUGACAACUACGUUUCUGGGCAGAUCUCUUCAAAGGAGCUGGAGGAGAAAUUUAGAGAAGAAGAAGCACUUGGCCGAAUGGAACCUUCAAGAAUGUCAGUUCUCAAGGCCAAGUAUGGUGAUAAGCUGCGAGUCGCAGCAAUGGCGGCGAUUGUCAAGCCGGAUGGUGGAGUCCGUCCAUUACACGACGCCACCCACUCAGUCAUGGUCAACCACUCCAUUGUUUACAGGGAUCAGCUACAAUGCCCAGGCCCAGCAGAGGUGGCCGCCGUAGUACGGGAGGCGGUGGAGUCUAGGGAAGCAGCCUUUUGUGUAUCAGCAGACAUCAAGGCAGCCCAUCGCUUGGUGAAGAUCAGAGAAGCUGACUGGCCUUAUAUUUGCUGUCGUGCGGAUUCUUUAUCCGAAACUGUUUGGAUCAACAAGACUGGGACUUUUGGAGUGUCAAGUGCUCCGUACUGGUGGUCGAAGCUUUUUGCAGCCAUUGGGCGGUUUGUAGGACAUGUGAUGCAGACAACAGUGUUUUGGCAUUUGGUUUAUGUGGAUGAUUUGCAUGGAGCAUUUGCAGGUCGAUGGAAGUUUGAUAUGCUCUGGGUUUGGCUCCUUGCGUUUGAGGUGAUUGGGACACCUUUUGGGUAUCAUAAGUUCAAGGGAGGCUUCUCAUCUGACUUCGUUGGUUUCCAUUUGCGUUAUGACAAAUGCGAAGUUGGCAUUACUGAAAAGAGGGGGAUGUGGCUUUUCAAUUGGAUCAAGGCGUUGAUAGAGAAGAAGUUUGUGGUUCAGGCCAGGGAGUUCAGUGAGUUCCUUGGCCGCCUUGGUUUUGUGGCUCAAUUGUUGACGUGGCUCAAGCCGCAUCUGGCACCAUUGUUCGCUUGGAGUGCUGUUGCGACGCCGGGGCUGGUUGGGAAGCUUCCGGAUACUGUCAUCUUGUUGCCAACCCUGGACAAUUUGGCAGUUCAAGGUGAGUUUCAACGGCUUACAAAGACGAGUGUUCUAUGUGUCCUUGAGAUGCACACAAAGAGGAAGCACAAGAAAUACAAGGAGGACCCUCCUGACAUUCGGUCACCGAGGUUCGAGAUGCUCCGCAAGAAGUACUCGUUGUUGUUGGCACAGGUGAUGAUCAACGCUGAUUUGCCAGUUGUCUCCCUCAUCAACACGCUUGAGGAUCCAAAGGCCAGUUGGGUACACCUCUUUGCUGCACGGAGGGGGAACACACUGAAGAACAGGUAUAAAGUUUGGAAACCAUUCGAGCGUUGGCUGGAGACGCAUCGCAGCUGCCUUUUCCCACGGGAUGUCAGGGAUGCCAUCGACUAUUUGCAGCACAGAGUCAAUGAAGGUUGCGGGAAGACCGUCCCGGAAUCUUUUUGGACAACCCUGGCGAUGCUGGAGCAGCUGGGCAGAGUGGUCGAAGGCAGCAGGAUCUCAGAUGACCCUGUGUGGAAAGGGCACAUCAAGUCUUGGGCAGCUGAACUUGCAUCGGAGUCGGCCCCUCGUAAGCCUGCAGAGAUGUACACGGUUGCAAUGCUAAUUUCUCUUGAGCUCGCUGUGGUGGAGGUCAAUCUUCCUGCGUUUCAACGGGCAUUGGCAUGGGUAGUGCUCUGCAUGGUGUGGGGAGCAUUGAGGUGCGACGAUGUGCAAGCUGUGUUACCACACCGCAGCUCGCUUUCAAACUAUGGAUUGAGACUGGUGCUUGGGAAGACAAAGACAACAGGGCCGGACAAAAUGCAGAAAGAGGUGGCUGCGUUUGUGUUUCGCACCAUAUCCAGAUCUGGAGAAGAUUGGCUUCGUGCUGGAUUUGAAAUUUGGGAGUCAGAUGAGUUCAGGUACAGAAGAGAUUACUUGGUGAUGGAGCCAACUGCAGACUGGAAGAAGAUCAGGCGAAAGUUCUUGACACCAGCAGGUCUCAGCUCAGAGAUCUCGAAGCUGCUGAGCAUGUUGUCAGUGCCCCGCAGGGUCGCACAUGGCUGGGAGCUCAUGCCUCAUGCGUUGCUCCUCCCAGAUGGAUUGGAGACGUUCUUCAGCGGCCACUGCCCUAGAAACUUUCUCACUUCCAUUGCUGCUGCAAUUGGCUUUUCUAGGGAUGAGCGGGCAUUUCUUGGUAGGUGGACCAUGGGCAUGACUUCAUCUGAAGAGUAUGUCAGGACUUCUAGACAGGUUGUGCAUAAAAUCCAGCGAGCAGUGAAUCGUAGCUUGGUUGAAGGGCGUGAGGAGCCUUACUUCGAGGAUGAGGUUUUUGAUGAUGAUGUGCAUGAUGAGUCCCUUGAAGCGCAGGCAGCAUUGGCAGUGUCAGUGGCCAAGAUUUGUGAGAAAGAUGCAGCAGUUGCAACAAAAGUCACAAAAUAUUUCAUUACCAUUUCAAGGAGGUCUGCGUUGAGACGCCUACACUUGACUGGUUGCUUUGUCAAGCCUGACAGGUGCUGCGAAGUGCUGUAUCUUGAUGAAAUUUCUAGUGAUGAUUUUGAUUCAAUUUGUCAAGCAUGCAAGAGAAAGAUGCUCCUGGAGUGGAGUGUGGCAGAGACGAUGGUGGAGAUUCAUCGUCGACGGCCUCGUCGUCUUCAACCGCUUCUGGUGGGGAUCCUGAUGAGGUACCGUUGUGAGAGUCAUUGA